AGUGGUGCUUGAGGAAAUGGUCGUCAUAUUUAGACCAUGAUCGCUGAAAUUUUCGACACACCUUCCUCACCCAUCGGGAGGUUCGGAGCCACUGGUUUCCCGCGCUCUGUUACGCCUUUAUGAAGAUGUUGUCAACGCGGUUGGCAGCGGUUGCAGCGGUGACCUUGCUGGCGCUGGUCGGGGUCACAUCCGCUGACCCUCGCUACGCCAGACCUGGAGACCACGAGCCCCUGCAGCAGCGGUGGCAGCGGCCCGACCGCCUGGCGCGCCGCGUGUGCUACUACGAGUCGUGGGCCGUCUACAGGCCGGGCGACGGCGUCUACGAGGUCGAGGACAUCCCCGCCGACCUCUGCACCGACCUCAUCUACUCCUUCUGCGGCCUCUCCAACGUCACGUGGGAGGUCAUGGUCAUCGACCCCGAGAUAGACAUAACCCAAGGGUCCUACCGGCGGUUCGUGGCCCUGAAGGAGAAGUUCCCCGACAUGAAGACCCACAUCGCCGUCGGGGGCUGGGCCGAGGGGGGCAAGAAGUACUCGCAGAUGGUCAGCAUGAAGGAACGGAGGGACACCUUCGUCAGGAGCGUUGUGCAGCUGCUCACCGACUACGGCUUCGACGGCUUCGACCUGGACUGGGAGUACCCCGGGGCGAUGGACCGAGGCGGCACCUUCGCCGACAAGGACAACUUCUUGAAGCUGGUGGAAGAGCUAAGAUCCGCGUUCGAUUCCGUGGGUUUAGGCUGGGAGCUGACCUGCGCCGUCCCCGUGGCCAAGUUCAGGCUGCAGGAAGGCUACCACGUGCCCGAACUCUGCAGCCUGUUAGACGCCAUUCACCUGAUGACCUAUGACCUCCGCGGGAACUGGGUUGGCUUCGCGGACGUCCACUCCAUGCUGUACCAAAGACCAGAGCUUGAUGAGUGGGCGUACGAGAAACUGAAUGCG